CACUCAACCAAACCAGCAAUAUACUAUAAUGAUCUACGCGACUUUCAUGUCAGUGAUGAACAUGAAGAGAAAUAACACAGGAAUCUAAUUGUAGUGAACAAGACAGAAUUGCUAUCAAAAGGUUAACGGAGGCGGUGCUUGAUAAUCAUCAAGCCCAAGAGCCAAAUCAGGGAUUAACAAGUCUGAAGAGGAUAAACCGAGAGCCAAAGCAGAGUUUGAUAAGUCUGGAGAGGAUAACCCAAGAGCCAAAUCAGAGUUGGAUAAGUCUGAGGGGAUAAUCCAAGAGAUCAGAGUACAAUAAUUUUAAAGUGGAUAACCCAGGAGCCAAAUUAGAGAUGGAUAAUUCUAAAGUGGAUAACACAAGCGCCAAAUCAGAUAUUGAUAAGUCUGAAGAGGAUAACCCAAGCCCCAAAGCAGAUAUUGAUAAGUCGCAUGAUCUCAAUUUUCCGCUGCUACAUCUCAUUCAAUUAAUUCCUGGCAAACUUUCCGAUCGUCUUCACGGCCUCCAAGUCCAUCAGCAUAAAUUACAUGAUCUCGACUUUCCGCUGCGGCAUCAAUCAAUUGCCAAGUACUUAUCUCGACUUGUCAGACUCUUGGCUCAUCCUCAUCACCUCGGUCCAUCGGGAUGA